UUGCGAUUGCGCGGGCGCCGAACGGUCAGUCAGAUUUCGAGUGUCGUGCGGGUAUAGUGCCUAGUUUAUUUACCGUACAACAUUUCCGUUGCGUUUUAUGUGACAUUUGUGUUUUUUUUUUAAUUAGUAAGCGAGAUUUUUCUUCCCUCGUGCUGUUUGAAAGGUCUCAAAAAUGUCGAAGAGCAAAGAGUCGAUGGAGAUAGACAAUUUUAAGUCAACAGCGGACCUGACAAGUAAUCCUGGCUUCCAAUCCUCGCUUAGCAUAGCAUCGAAGAAUGUCGAUGAGAAACCUUACAACCCAUUCGAGCAUCGGACUGUGGAACAUCCUAAUUCAACAAUCGGAUCGAUAGUACAUCUACUGAAAUGUUGCCUUGGAUCCGGAAUAUUGGCGAUGCCUGCUGCCUUCAAGAAUUCAGGACUGAUUGCUGGAACGAUUGGGACAUUGAUCGCUGGCUUCGUAUGUACACACACUGUCCAUAUUCUGGUAAGAACAUCCCAAGAAGUCUGUGUAGAUGCGAAGAAACCAUCGCUUAGUUUUGCCGAAACCUGUGGAGCUGCAUUUACAUAUGGACCAAAAAGAUUACAAUCUUGGGGCAAUUUUAUAAAAGAACUGGUGGAUUACUCGAUGUGUAUCACAUAUUUCAGCGUGUUAUGCGUCUACGUGGUAUUCAUUGGAUCUUCAAUGAAAGAAAUCCUAGACGUCUACAUGCCUGAAAAUCCGCUCUCAAUACAAGCAGCCUGUGCCCUCACGUUAGUGCCAUUAGUGAUAAUCUGCCAAAUAAGGAACUUGAAGUACCUGGUGCCAUUCUCUGCCCUCGCCAACUUUCUCAUCUUGGUCGUGUUCGUGAUCACCAUCUACUACGUGUUCUUGGACCUCCCCUCACCUAAGGAGAGGGAAAUGGUUGCUAGUAUCACCCAGUGGCCUUUGUUUUUGAGCACAGUGAUAUUCGCGAUGGAAGGUAUCGGUGUGGUGAUGCCAGUUGAGAACGAGAUGGCGAAACCCCAACAGUUCCUUGGCUGUCCUGGAGUACUGAACGUGGCCAUGGUCAUCGUCAUAUCUUUGUAUGGCUUCGUCGGAUUCUUUGGCUACCUUCAGUAUGGAGACAACGUCAAGGGUUCCAUCACCUUGAACCUUCCUGAAGACGACAUUACCGCUCAAGUAGCAAAAGGACUGAUGGCGUUCGUGAUCUUCCUGUCCUUUGCCCUGCAGUUCUACGUGCCCAUGGAAAUGAUCACUAGAAAGAGGAAAGGCAAGGAGUCCAAGUAUGAGAACUUGGUCCAGGUCGUCAUCAGAACUGUGAUGGUUACCAUUUCAGUUGCCAUCGCCGCAGCAUUCCCCAACUUGGAGCUGGUCAUCAGUUUCGUGGGAGCAGUCUUCUUCUCAACUCUCGGUCUUCUGAUCCCAGCAGUAGUGGACACGGUCUACCGGUGGGAGAACCGUCUAGGUCGCUUCAAUUAUAUCCUCUGGAAAAAUACACUGAUUGGAAUAGUCUCUAUUAUAGCUCUUUUCUCUGGAGCUUAUGUGUCUAUUCAAGGGAUGAUUGAAGAUUUCGGUGGCCAUAGUCUUGAGCAUGAAGCGUUUGAAAACGCGACUUUGACGUGAUUCUAUAUAAUGAGAAUCGAUGGUUGGUAUGUGGAAUGUAUGUAGUCAUACAUUGUUGCCUAAUUAUGUACAUAUGUAGAAGUACAAUCGAUGGAAGAUUCCAUACGUAUGUUAGUACAUAAUGGAAUUUUGUUUAGUGUUUUAAAUAACAUAUAAGUAGAUGGUUGUGAUUUCAUACAAGUCAAGUUACCAUGUUGUAUUUAAAAAGUAAAUUAAAUUCUUAGUAAGCUAUUUUAAGUAAAAUAUAAAUUUGACUAAUGUAUAACUAUAAAAUUUCAAUUUCAAAGAGAUUGAAGAUCAUAAACUUAGCCUUUUGGAACCUCAAAUUGGCUUAAGAUUUAAAUGAAUGAUAAUUAUAUCUAGAUUCUGUAAUUCUAGCCAUGAAUUCAUUUUAAAUGUCUAAGAUGCUUAAUUGCUGGUUACUUAACUACAUUUUAAAAUAGUCUUAACAAGGUUCAGUGUAUUAUAAAUAUAAAAUAACCUAAAAAAGAGAAAAUUCAUUUAAAUUGCGACCCUUUUGAUGUAAAUUUCGUAAGCAAAGGUUUGUUUUUGUAAUUUAUUUUAAGUCAUUUAGUAUGAUUUUAAAAUAUUAAGUACAAACAGUAAUUAGUAGGAUAUGUUUAUUUUUAUUAAGUGGCAUCUCUGGAUGUUUUGAAUUAUUUGAUAGUUCGAUAUUUAAAGUUGUUUCAUAUAACUUUGAUAUAUGUAUGAUUUCGUAUUCGUAAUUGUGUAAUACUUAAUCUAAAAAUUUUUAAAUUUCUAUGUAAAAUUAUUUUUAUUAGUUUAAUGUUCUAAACAUUUGUUGGUUUAAAGGCUUAAUUGAAAACAGUGCAAGUCAUAUUUUAAGUAACUAAUGCAACACAUUGAUUAGACUUCACAAUUUUUAGAUAUUUUUUUUGUGAACGCUGUGAGAUGAGUCCAUAUAAGUUGACAUGUUUUAGUACGUAUAAAACAGUGAAACAGAGAUCAACUUAUAAUGGUCAUGUGUCUUGUAAUAAUAAAUGUGUCGUAAACUACGUGGCAUUAAUAAUUGUGUAGAGAUCCUUAAUCCACUAUUAAUAAAACUAUAAGUACAAUGUAUUAUUUAAUCUAAAUGUGCGUGGUUUCGAUUCGAAAAAGUUAAUCUUGAAGAUUCAUUCAAAAUAUUUUUAUUGACUGCCUCGUUGGUCGAGUUUCCGCAAGUGCGAUGGCCGGACAAGGGACUCGGGUUUGAUUCCCGGGUCGGGCAAAGUAUUACUGGGCUUUUUUCGGUUUUUCGAAAAUUUCUCAGUAAUAGCACGGAGUCUGGACUUGUGUCCAGUAGGUACAUGGCAAUAGGCUCACCCCCUAUUACAUGAGACUUAUAACACAAAUGGUGAAAAGUGGGUGUACAUUGUACAGUGGCAUUACACGCCGUAAUGUGCACUUCUGCCGAUCCCUUCGGGCAUAAAAGGUGUGACGUUGCGUUGCGUUUCGUAUUUUUGUUGUUAUUGUUGUGAUAUCAUUAUAAUUUAGUUGAAGCCUAGUAUUUUAUCAUGUUUCCAUAUUUUAGACGACUUUUUAAAUCUUAUUUUCUUACUAUACAGAUUUUUUGCAUGAGCUUGUACCUGCAAUAACCUACAACAAAUGGCGUUGUUUCAAUAAAUAUUUUAUUUAUCGGCAAACUGUAAUCUUUACAUUUCGACACCAGCAAUUUAUACUACGCUAACUCGAAAUUUGGAAAAAACUUUUUUUAUGCCAAGUUGCUUAAAAUGUGGGUUUACAUACGUCAUAAAAAAAUUGAGAAGAAAUAUGCAAAAAUAAGAAAGUUACAAAUCUUAUAAAACGCUAAGUAAAGGUACUUUUUGAAAUCACUCGAUUUAUAUUACGCCAACUAUUACGUCAAAGUCCGUGCAACACUGCACUAACUCAUAGUUAGCGUAGUUUAGUGCGUUCGUGUGUAUACUUGUUCGUUUGUAAAAUGAACGACUUAGCGACUUUUACAUAGUAAAUACUUGUGUUAACGUAUUAAUUAGUUUAUUAUUGGUACGUUGACUAUUCUUUUUGUAAGUAAGUACAUGUUCUUUAUAAAAAUAUUGAAAUAUGCAUCAGAUGAUUGAUCAUGCACUACGACCUCCCGUACUACACUACGCUAACAUAAGUUAGACGUGUAUAAGAUGUAACAUUUUUUUGAUGAAUUACGUUUAUAUACGGCUAACUUGCGCUAAAUCAGAAAAUAGAAAUAAGUAAGGAAAUAUAAAUAUGAGAUAUUACAAUGAAUAAAUUAAAUAUUAAGCAUACCAAAUUUCAAAAAAGUAUCUUAAUUAAUCUAAAAGUUACCACGAUUUUCCCUUUAAACGCCUCUACUGUAAAGUACGCUUUUUGAGUUAGCGCAGUAUAAAUUGCUGGUGUCGAUUUCUAAACUCUACACAAGGUGACAGCCGAUAAAUAAGUAUUUUCUCUAUGUACAAAAAUGCUAUUCGUUUGUCUUGUCAAAGUCUCGCUAGUGUUUAAAGGUGAGAAAAACAUUUUUGAGGCAGUACGAAGUUUGCCGGGUCGGCUAGUUAAAAAAAAUAAAUAGUAUAUUCAACUUGUUCAUACAUAUAAAUAUAAGUCCUCAUAAAUAUGUUGUUAUAAAUAAAUAUCUUAGUUUAGUAAUAGUUCAGUACUAAGUGUAACACAAUCGUCACAACUAUUUCUUAAUGUGUAUAUAAAUACUUAUAGUAUAGAAUAGUUAAUAGUUAUUUUAGUAUAUGUUAUGUAGUAAAUUAACUUAUUAAUAUUGAAAAAGUCUUACUUACUGUAAUGAAAAUAAACUGCUUUAACUUGUAA